AAACCACACAGGAUAACUAGUUAGAAUUUGAACGAGUCGCGGUGGAGGGAAGUCAAAGAGGCGUCAUUACGCAGUUUCUUUAUCUAUUUAUCUAUUUUUACCAUUUCAAUUCAUGACUAUUGGAUGUUUUUCCUUCAUAAGGCUAUACACAGUUUUACAUUUGUCGGAGACGAUGGCUCGUCGAAUAGGCCUACUGACACUGCUGCUUGUGGGCUUCAUGCAUACAGAAGUGUCAGCCAUCCAGGUGAUUGUACCACAGACAGACAGAAGCACAGCUCUCUUUGCCUCGGUCAUCUUGCGUUGUGACUACUCCACAUCAGCCAGUCAACAGGAUGUGUUGGUAACAUGGCGGUUCAAGUCUUUCUGCCAGGACCCUGUGCUGGAAUACUAUUCUACAGCAUACCAGUCAGCGCUCCAGCUUGGUCAAGAUCCAUCUAACGACUGCCCAGAUCGCCAGCGCACAGUCCGCACAGUCGUCCAGAAGAGGGGUAGCAAUGAGGCCACACUGGGCUCAGAUUACCGCGAGCGCAAGAUCUCCAUCCAGAACAAAGCUGAUUUGGUCAUUAACGAGGUAAUGUGGUGGGACCAUGGAGUCUACUUUUGCUCCGUCGAUGCCGCAGGAGACACCAGUGGAGACUCGGACAAAGAGAUCAAACUCAUUGUUUACCACUGGUUGACUGUGCUCUUCAUCGUCCUUGGUGCCUUUCUCCUCAUCAUCCUCUUGUGCGUCUGCUGUUGCCAGUGCUGCCCGCAGCGGUGCUGCUGUUACGUACGCUGCCCGUGUUGCCCUCGGCAGUGCUGCUGUCCGGAAAAAGCGGUUAUGCAGCAUCGGAUGAUGAAGGAGGCACAGAAGGCCAUGUCUCCCUGGAUGAAUGGUGGUCAGCCUGUCUACGCGCCCAUGAGCUCCCAUAGCUCCUAUCAGAUGAACCCAAUGCUUUAUGCAGGCCCUAACUCUGGAAAGAUGUCGAUGACCCCCAUGCCUCUCCCGACUCCCCAGCCUCACCACCCGCCCAGCAUGCAUGGAAACGGCAGCCUGGCUGCAGAGAGCGGCCGCGGCACCAAUCACGUGCUGGAUUACCUGGAGAGCCAGGUGCACGGUAUGGAUGUGGCCAGUCCCCUGCUACAGCCCCAGCUCUCUGUUGCCCCCCACCACCAAAUGCCCCCGCCACCCCAGCACAUGCCUAAACAUGUGCCUUUCUCCGCUGGGCCUCCCAGCAUGCUCUCUGCCCUGGAUGAUGGCCCGAUGACCCGCAGACCGCCACCCAGUGGCAACCGCUGGGACUACGACGAUCGUUCGCGCCCCCCCAUGAGCCGCAGUUACAGCCACGAGGACAUGCUGAGCGAUCAUGGCAGGAGAAGCAACCCCAACGAGAGGGCCGGAUAUCGCCCGAGGUCCCGUUCCCGUGACAAUCUAUUCGACAUGCCCCAGAGGCAGGAAAGGCGGUAUUCGCCGCCUGCUGGGCGACGACGUGGAUCGUGGAGUUCCGCCAAUGACGAGGAUAGCAGGAGAGGAGGCGCGAGAGGAGGUCGAGGGGGACGCUCGGACAAGCCCCCGAGUUACAACGAGUACGAGCCGGGUCAGAAACCACCCAGACGCCCGGACCACUACUCGGUAAGGGGACAAGAGUUCUCGCAGCGGUACCAUAGUGAUCUGAUAUGAUCUAUGACCUCCUUCACUACGAUGCUCACGGAGUGAAGUUACAGACUUUCUGCCACAUGCAGAUCCAGUCAAACACGCUGUAUCCUCACCUUGUAUGAAGCUUAAGUAAACGUGCAGGGAAUGUCCGCUACGGAGGACAAAAUGGUCAGCUAUUUGUACCUCCUUCUACUAUAUUGAGGCACUGUUUUUUAAACAAUUUUUUAUUUUUAUUUGCCUAAUCAGUUUGUGGUUACUGUGCACUUUGUCUUGUAACAUGUUUUAGGACAUGGCUGCACCUUGAGAAUACCUGUAAAUAACAGUUUAUUUUUAUUUUUAUUUUUAUUUUAUUUAACAUUUUACUGGUCGUUCUGUGACCUCAGGUUACCCAUCUGAUGAUGAUGAUGAUGAUGACAAAGUUGAUGGUGGUAAUGAUGAUGAUGAUGAUGAUUGUUAUUAUUAUUAUUAUUAUUAUUAUUAUGUUGAUGAUGAUAACAUGUUUUUUUAUUUUUUCAAAUGUAUGAUGAUGAAAUUUCUCUCAAACUAUGUUUGGUGAUGGGUUAACUAAUCGGAGUCUUAUUAUACUGCAACAGACAUACUCUUAAAUACAAUCAUGUUGAAUAGGCGUGAUCUCAAAACGCCUACUUGAAUGAGCUCACUGAAUAAACUCAUCCUGUGCUGACGAAAGAAACCAGACAUAACGACUUUUAAACCCCAUUUCCAAAACAGUUGGAGAUGGGUGUAUUUACCCAUGUGAAUCGUAAAUGUGCAUGUGAAUUGAUCUAUCAAACUCUUAUUUUUGCACAAAUUUAAAAUAACUGCCCAGCUCGUCUUUUAAUUCAAUUUAGCAUUGGUUACUAGGUUUACUUGUUUUUUUUUAAUGUAAAUAUUGUUGUACAUUAUUGAUUUGUUUCAUUGUCAUUGCUUUUCACCAAGGCACCAGUCUCCCCUUAGUUUUUAUGUGUGACUUGAGCUAGAUGUCUCAGGAGCUUCGACAUGGUACAGAUAAACCCACUAAAUAUCUAAUGGUAAUUAUCGGCAUUGGCCCUUUGAAAGAAAUACAUAUUGGUUAACCCCAAUUUGCUCUAGUAGAUCUAUGUGUAUGGACAAUCCCACAAUUUGUGUACAGAGGAUUUUUUAAAUCAGUUAACAGACAGAAGGUACAGAUCACAUCUUCCUCUGCGGCCACUACUGGGUUCACCUGGGCCAAGCUGCUGUCAGUGGUGCACGAGCUGGCCAGUUUGGAGCAGGACCAGGGGGCCCUGGGCUUUGUUGGGAGUUUGUCGCACCAUCAUAACAAAGCCCUAAAAAACAAAUGGGUUGGUUAACUUCUGUUCAGUCAAAUUCCAUGCAUGUGUCAGUGAGACCUUUUAUAUCACUGUUUUGAAUGACACAAUUUGUAAUGUGCGAUUGUAAAGCUAUGUCCAAUUUAAAUGCCAAGCUGAUCUAUGCCAAUAAACAUAUUUAAAUAAA